AUGCUGAUCGCAAGGCAGGAUGUUGACCCAACGGAGCUGUAUCCUGCACAUUACAUCUCUAUGCCGGUGGAUCAUUUCCACAACGAAUCCCGAUAUGAACCACAUUCAAAUAAAACAUUCAAUCUUCGGUACUAUUUUGAUGCAACAUACUACAAACCUGGAGGCCCUGUGAUAGUCCUGCAGAGCGGGGAAGCAGAUGCCAGCACGCGUCUACCAUACCUUCAGAAAGGAAUUGUCUACCAGCUAGCAACGGCUCUUAACGGCAUUGGCGUGGUCUUGGAGCACAGAUAUUAUGGAAAGAGUUUCCCUACACCUGACCUGUCGACCGAAAACCUACGGUUUUUAUCCACCGACCAGGCAGUGGCUGAUCAAGCAUACUUUGCGUCACAUGUCGUCUUUCCGGGACUGGAGCACGUAAAUUUGACAGCUCCGGGCACGCCUUAUCUAGCUUAUGGCGGCUCUUAUUCUGGAGGCGUUGUCGCAUUCUUGCGUAAGUUAUAUCCUGAGAUCUACUGGGGCGCAAUUUCAUCAUCGGGAGUCACGGAGGCGAUUUAUGACUACUGGGAGUAUUAUGAACCCGUUCGCCAAUAUGGUCCACCGGCAUGUAUCGCAAACCAAGUCAAGUUGAUCAACAUUAUGGAUAACAUCCUCCUGAAGAAUGAUGCGAAGACCGUGGCACAGCUCAAGAAGGGUUUCGGCAUGCAGACCCUAACGCAUAGCGACGAUCUUGCAAACCUUGCAUCGGGUGGAAUUGGCUGGUGGCAGUCAAGAAACUGGGACCCGGCCGUUAACAGUCCGGAAUUCAGCUACUACUGCGGAAACAUCAGCUCUGACACUCUUCUUUGGCCCAGCUAUGCCAGCAUGAAGGCCAACGCUACAUCACUCAUAAGUGCAGGCGGAUGGGGAAAUGAAAGCGCACAACUGCUGAACCCUAUGCUCAAUUGGAUGGCAUGGACUAACAACAGUUACGUCGGAUCGUGCGACGCCUCGCUUGAUGAAUGCUACAACAAUCACAACGCGUCAGCACCCAUGUAUACCGACAAGAACAUCACAAAUUAUAAUGCACUGUCAUGGGCGUAUCAGUACUGUACAGAGUGGGGUUACAUUCAAGACGGAUCAAGUGUUCCAGACGAUGAACUUCCUCUCAUAUCUCGUCUGCUGACCAUCAAAUAUUUGACCCAAGUUUGCCGAUAUGCCUUUAACAUUACAACGCCGCCGAACGUCAAUGCUGUCAAUAAGUACGGAGGCUUCAACAUCUCCUAUCCGAGACUUGCGACUAUAGGAGGUCAAGCCGACCCCUGGCGUCCCGCUACAGCGUUGGCGACGCUGGCUGAACCUGAUGUACUCAACCAAACAAGCACGCCAAGCGAGCCCGUUAUUCUCAUUCAAGGGGCAGUGCAUCAUUGGGACGAAAAUGGAUUGUUUCCGAAUGAGACAACGUCAAAUCUGCCACCAGCCCCUGUGGCCAACGCCCAGAGGCAAAUCGUAGAGGCGGCCCAAGGAUGGAUCGCAGAGUGGGAGGCAUCAGGCCUCUGA